AUGGGCCCCUGUACCGCCUCCCCAUGCUGCUGCCAGGCCCGUAAUCUGCCAUGGGCCCCCGUACCGACUCCUCAUGCUGCUGCCAGGCCCGUAAUCUGUCAUGGGCCCCUGUACCACCUCCUCAUGCUGCUGCCAGGUCCAGAGUGUGUCAUGGGUCCCUGUACGGCCUCCCAUUGCUGCUGUCUCCAUCGCCACACUCUGCCAUGUGCCACUUUCAGGUCUCCUCACACUGCUGGUGGUUUCCAUUUUUGUCAUAGGGUGCUGUAUGGCCUCCCAUUGCUGCUGCCUCCACCGCCACACUGUGGCUCCACACUCUGGUUUUGGCCCCGUGACUGCCCAAAUGAGUGAAGUGUGCGGUGAUUCUAAGAUCGACGGCACUCAUCUGCAUGUCAUACUGACUGUCAGUAUUAUUUCUCUUCCCCAGCAGACUCCAAGGGCAUUUAAAUUAAAGGUACAGUGUUCUGCACUAAUAUAA